CGGAAGUAUUUGACAGGUCCAGUUAAACGCUGCCGACGCUGCAAAUUCGAGUAAAACAGGACGGUUCAGACAGCAGCGGAGAUGUGGUGGGUGCUCUGGUUGCUCGCAGCCUUGCUGGUUCUUUUCUGCAGUCUGGAUGUGUGGUACUUCCUGCGGUUAGCUGCGGUGAUCCUUCGGGCCUGGUUUCAGCCUCCAGUCUGGGAUGUCACAGCCGAGCAGGUCCUGACCAGCCGGGUCACUCCACGUGACAUUGACAUGUGUCACAUGAACAAUGCUCGUUACCUUCGGGAAUGUGACUUUGCCCGCUUCUCUCUCUACGUACGGAACGGUGUGUUCAAGGCAGUACGAGCCCUCAGAGCUUCGAUGGUUGUGGGAGCCACCACUAUACGUUACCGCAGGGCUCUGUGUAUUGGAGAAGGUUAUGAGCUCCGUAGUCGGAUCGUCACGUGGGAUGAUAAAGCCUUUUUCUUGGAGCAGAGAUUUGUGUCAACUAAAGAUGGGUUGGUGUGUGCUGUUAUGUACUGCAAGCAGUGUGUCAUUCGCAGCAGUCCAGACAAGAUCAUGCAGCAUCUGUGUAAAAGGAAGGUCGAGUGUCCUGAGUUUCCAGAGGAUCUUCAACACUGGGUGAACUUUAUCUCUGCCAGCAGCCAGGCCCUCAGAGCUGAGAGUGGUCUAGAGGAGAAGAACAAAUAAGGGAUUACAUGGGCAGCUUUUACUACUGGCAUUUUGUAUGCCAACCAGGGUGGCAGACCAAGAUUCGUAGUCUUCCGAGAGAGGCGUUUCAAGUUUUCUUAACAAUUACUUGACUAAAACCCAGUUGUGCCUAUGCCUUGCAUUAAAGGUAAUCUUUGUAUAACUAAGCUUAACAUAGAUCCCAGUAUUUUCAGAUGUGGAACACUGGUUUAACUCCACAUUAUAUAUUUUUCAAAAUGAAAAUGGUGGUAAAAAAAAUCUUAUUUAGAAAUAGAAAAAUUCUUAUAUGACUACACACUGCGUGAUCUUACUGCUGCAAUAAAAACAAAUCCAUGA